UCUUUUUGGCAUUUCCACGCCGACAUCUUUUGGUCCUCAGUCACGUACAAAAAUGUUUGGAUAAAUUGCACACAAAUUAACAAAAAUAAACAUGAGCGGUGGAAAGCAUAUGCGGUUGCGCUACUAUACCUCCAUGGAGGAGGUCACCAUGGUGCGGGUGUGGCGUGAGUUUCUCGACCUGAUACCCUCGUACAGCGAGAAUCUGCCCAUCUUUCGGGACGUUUCACACAGCAUGCAGCAAUGCGGCAUUCGGCUGAACAAACAAGAGGUUCGCCGUCGCAUCAAUAGCUAUCGCAAUAAGUAUUUAACGGAACGGAGUCGCGUGGAGGGCAAUCCGGAGUACACACCGGAAUGGCGUCUGUACCAGAUUGUAGACUGCCUUUUCAAUCCUGAGCGACCCUCGGUGGACAUUACCCUGGUACAGAAUGUGCUCGAGUCGGCGGCCAUGAAGGUGCGCAGCGAGCAUCCGGAUCUGCCGAACAUACCUAGCUCAAUGUCCAGGGCACCUUAUGUGAAGUUCGAUCGCGAUCCGGACGGCUGUGCCUUCCUGGAGGGCCCAUCACCAACACCGCCGCAACAGACCCAGAAUCUUCCCGAAAUGCUGCACUUUUCUCAGAAUCCAGUCAAGACUGAACCCAAGCCGCUUGAGGCGGACGAAGCCAACAGUCCAACUUACGCAGAGAGUGCCAUACGACGGACACCCUUGAUGCCCGCCAAUUAUCAGCUGCAGCUGCCCUUCGAGGAGCGCAUGGAGAUGGGGGCGAAUGGUCAGAUGGAGUACGUUGGAAAGAAAAAGCGCGGACGCCGCAGCAUUUUGCCGCGCAUGGGACAGAUCUCGCUGGCCCAAUUGGAGGCCUUGCGCAUGCAGAACGGAGAGCUGGAGCGGCAGAACGAAAACAACCAGAUGGAGUUGGAGUUCAAGGAGCGGCAAUACAACGAGCUAGAGCAGACCCUCGACCUCUGGAUGCACCAGCAAGAGAUGUUUUUGCUACACUUUGAGCGCCUGGGCUUCAAAAGCACGGAGGACUAGCCUCCCCUUUCAAACCCCUCCUCGUUGAUCUAUUGAAUAGUUAGCUUUAAUUGUGGGAAAAAAAACUCCAGUUCAUACGAUGUACAAACCACCUUAUAGGCUAUAGCGAACCGAAGAUACGAUUUUUUUGUCAUUUAAGAACUAGUCAAAAUGAAUUGACAGCUAAACUACUUAUAGAAGAGAUUUCUGGAACUUUUAGUUUAAUUUUCAGUUCAAUAACUAAUACUUAAGCUGUAAACAAUUUGCAGGAAGCAAAAUAAAUAUGUUUUAAGUUCAUUUUUGAUUCGCUUAAAAUUUAAGCAAUG